AUGGAAGCAUGCGUUGGAAGCACAUGGGGCGCCAUCGCUGUCAACGUGCAAAAUGCACCGAGUUGCGUAAAAGGCUGCCGAGACAGCCUCCGACGGCUACUUGCACCCGAUGAAGAUACGUAUGUGGUCUUUUGCAGGGCACUCGUGCAACUCGACCAGCCUCAAAUGUAUGAUAUGCUACUGGGGUUGUACUGCUGCGAUGCGCAACUAUGCGGCGUCGAUAAUAUUGCACUGCCCGGCUUUGACCCAAAUGUCGACCAUUUAAUCAACGUGUGCGCAAGCCUAGGUUUUGGACCAAUCAAGGAUCCUGGGCCACCACCUGCGACGCAUAUUUGUACCAAUACACUUCUGCCCAGCAGUGAUAUAUCCUGUUCAAGGACGGUGAUAUUUCCAACAAUUGUUUAUCCUACAAGUUACCAGACGACUCCAGUUCCUACCAAAGCCUCGACGACUACAGAGAACACGGCUUCUACGACCACGGAUAGCACAGCUUCGACGACCACAACGAGCACAGCUUCGACAAGUCAGCAGAGCACAUCUUCAACGACAGAAUCAACGCCAUCUUCGACGACUAUGCAGAGCACUACUGGGACCACAGACUGGUCGAGUAGCACUACAGUUAUAAGCACUACCAUGUCGAGCACCACUGGAAACGAAGCUGUACCGCCCACGAUAACAUCCAUAGUAGAUCCGCAGCUAUCGAAUAACAUCUCCGGUGCUUCCAAAGACGAUGCAUCGGGCGGACUAUCUACAGUAGCAAAGAUUGUUAUCGCAGCAGCCGUCAGCGGUGCGAUACUGGUCGCAAUCAUUGCUGUCCUGUGGCACUGUCGGUAUCGCAGAAAGAACAGAGAACCAGAACCGACAGAGAACUAUCAACCGAGCCCGAUCUUGGGGCCGCCCAUCACUCCCUCUUCUCCGGUUAUGGCCCCAUCGCCCUCCUAUGUAGGGCGUGAUGGGGCACCACUUACACCACCUCCGAGACUCCAAGAGAGACGCCUUCUGCCUUCAUCAUCAUCGGAGCAGCUCGUUGAGAGAGGCGGUUCGCGUCUACGACAAGGUUUUCACCUCCCCACUGGGUCAAGAGCAAACCUUAAUUCGCCAUAUGGCUCAGCCGUUAGUCCAGCGUUCGCCAUGUCUGCGGUCGUCACUGGGGAGCGUCAACCCUCGGCGCCACAGUCAGCGAAUCGAGUUGGAACCCCCCACGGGAGCCCAACCCGGAGCCAAUUUGCUAGGAUUUCGUACACAUCGUCACUGGCCGACCCUGGGCCGCCCCCCGAUAGGGAGCUUCCGACCACACCGGCCCGAAUGGCAACGGCGCACUCCAGGAGUCGGUCGCGCCCGGACGUGUCACCCAACGCAAUCGGCGUGGCACUGGCAUUUCCGCCAAAGGAGGAUGACCUGUCCGCUCAAGCUAGUAAUGAGAGUGGGCAGAGCUCAGAAUCCAAGAUUAUGACGGGACCUAUGCGCGGCAGCUGGGGAGAGAACAGGGUAGUGUCAGGGAGUGUAGAAGCGCCGGCGCAAUUGGCGCCUCGGAAGCAGACAACGCGGCGUACGAGCCGCAGCCCUAUCCUCGAAGAACAGGAGUUGGCGAGAAUGGCAGGAUCCUACUGA